UACUCUUCAACUUUCAACUAAAUUCACCACAUUCAUUAGAGGAUGGAAGAGAUAAUAGAAGAAAAAAAGAUGAAGAUUCUUUGUUUGCAUGGAUUUAGAACUAGUGGAAAUUUCUUAAAAAAACAAUUAAGCAAAUGGGAUCCUUCUAUUUUUGCUAAUUCUGAAAUGGAUUUUCCAGAUGGAAUAUUUGCAGCAAAGGGUAAAUCAGAUAUUGAGGGGAUAUUUCCACCACCAUAUUUUGAGUGGUUCCAGUAUAAUGAGGAUUUCACAGAAUAUGAGAACUUAGAAGAAUGCAUUACGUACUUGUGUGAGUAUAUAACAAGCAAAGGGCCUUUUGAUGGUCUUCUCGGAUUCUCCCAGGGAGCAACUUUAUCAGGCCUUUUACUAGGGUACAUGGAGCAGGGGGAGAUUCUGAAAGAGCAUCCACCAAUGAAAUUAUUUGUAUCAAUAUCAGGUGCCAAAUUUAGGGACCCAAAUAUUUGUAACAUUGCAUACAAAGAUAUGAUGAAGGUUAAAUCAGUUCAUUUUAUUGGAGAGAAAGAUUGGCUCAAACUUCCUUCACAAGAACUUACAACAGAUUUUGAGAAUCCUAUCAUCAUAAGGCAUCCUCAAGGCCACACUGUGCCAAGAAUAGAUGAAGCAGCUGUGGAGACAUUGAAAAGUUGGACAAGGGAAGUUGCCUUAUCUUCCAAUGAGAGUUGUGUUGGUGGAGGACCAAAUGAAGCCUGCAAACAUGUUAACAUUGAAAAUGGUGUGGAACAAGGCAAAAAACUAGAGAAGCCUAAUGAAGUAGAGAUCCAAAAGGCUCAAGAAUAAUAGUCAAAAGCUCUUCUCUAUUAUAUUCUAUUUUUGCAUUACAAAAGCUAGUUUAAUAUAAAUAUAUUAUGCAUGUAGAGACUUAACCUAGUAUGUACCUAUUUAUAUCUAUUUAAUUUUCUGAUCAAUUCUCUAAUA